GCAUGAAAUCGUAGUAUGCCCCACAUGUUUAGAUCAAGCCUGGACAAUGUCCGAUGUCGUGGGGCCACAACGCUUCUCGAGACCAAUCAACCAAGAAUAUUUUCACAGGUAUCCGGGCUAUCCAGCCACAAUCUUGUACCGAAACGCACCACCUUCUUUGUUUGGGAGCGAAACCGGUCAGAUUCAAACUAGGUUUGCAUCACCUUCAGCAAUAGAAGCUUUGCCGAAGGUGACGAUCAGCCCAGAACAUUUGGAGGGCUGUAACUCGAAUUGUGGGGUUUGCAAGGACGAGUUUGAGGUUGGGGUUGAAGUGAGGGAGUUACCUUGCAAACAUGUCUACCAUGUUGAGUGUAUUGCUCCAUGGCUACAAAUCAGUAACACUUGCCCAGCGUGUAGAUACGAGGUACAAGGUUUUUGCUCUUCAAGCCAUGGCGUCGAGGAAGAGCAUAAUACUAUGAACAGUUUUGGCCACGCAGAAGAAAUGGAUGAGGAAGAAGAAGAAGAAGAAGAAAAUGUAAGGAGUUCUCUUACAUGGUUGUGGGAUCCCCUUCGUUCUUUAUGGCCAUUCUGUGUGCUGUCAAAUUGGAUCAGUCAACCUUUCAAUCUCGAAGAACUUGAGUACAUCACAAAUUCCAUGUAAAAUACAUAAAUAACCAAUAUUUGG